AUGCGGCGAAAAGAGGUGGGGAAGAAAAUGGGUAACGUAGCCGAAGGUGGUACAGUCAACCGUGGGUGGGUGGCGAUGGCAUGGAUUGAAUUUGCGAAUAGGGAUGCAGCUCAUUGGUGGUUCAUUUACGAUAAUAAUAGUGAUGAUGGGAUUGAAGAGGUUAUUAACGAACUUGAUCUAGAGGACUACAAUAUAACAAAGGCACAUACGACCAAGGAUAAAGAUGCAAGAAGUAGGCUUUACGCAUUGUGUUUUAAGAGCAGAGUGAAUGCAAUUGGGUUUCAUUCAUGGAUGUCGACGAAUUCUUCUUCUUUUCGUAUUUAA